AAGGCGCGGAGGCGUUUCCGGCGGCGGCGGCGGCGGCUGCUUCUGUGACUGUGGAGGUGGGCGUGAAGCCCCUUGGUGGUGUUUUGGCGCCGUGGUUUCGGCUUGGUGUGGUGUGGUGUAGACGGUGGGAGUGACUCCACAUCUGGAUCAUGGCUAUGGAUUGGCUGGGCAGUAUUGUGUCAAUCAACUGUGGAGAUAGCUUGGGUGUCUAUCAGGGAAGAGUGUCAGCAGUGGAUCAGGUCAGUCAGACCAUUUCUCUUACUCGGCCCUUCCACAAUGGAGUGAAGUGUCUUGUACCAGAAGUCACCUUUCGGGCAGGUGAUAUUACAGAAUUAAAAAUCCUGGAGAUACCAGGUCCUGGAGACAACCAACAGUUUGGAGACCUUCAUCAGACAGAAUUAGGCUCUUCUGGUGUUGGGUACCAAGUGGGUGUCAGUCAGAAUGGUACAGGCAAGGUGGUCAAGAAGCCAACCUCUUCUAGUAGUGCCCCUCAGAACAUCCCUAAGAGGACAGAUGUGAAGAGCCAGGAUGUUGCCGUUUCUCCUCAGCAGCAGCAGUGCUCAAAGAGUUACGUGGACAGGCACAUGGAGUCCUUGAGUCAGUCCAAAAGCUUCCGUCGUCGGCACAACUCUUGGUCAUCUAGUAGCAGGCACCCAAACCAGGCAACCCCAAAGAAAAGUGGUUUAAAAAAUGGCCAAAUGAAGAAUAAAGAUGAUGAAUGUUUUGGAGAUGACAUCGAGGAGAUCCCAGAUACAGAUUUUGACUUUGAGGGGAAUCUAGCCCUUUUUGACAAGGCAGCUGUAUUUGAGGAGAUUGACACUUAUGAGAGGAGAAGUGGCACCCGUUCCCGGGGUGUCCCAAAUGAACGCCCUGCUAGGUAUCGCCAUGAUGAAAACAUCCUGGAAUCAGAGCCUAUUGUCUACCGUAGGAUCACAGUACCACAUAGUGUGAGCAAGGAGUUCUGCACGGACUCUGGCCUGGUGGUCCCAAGUGUUUCCUAUGAGCUACAUAAAAAGCUGUUAUCUGUGGCUGAGAAGCAUGGGCUGACCUUAGAGCGGAGACUUGAGAUGACUGGUGUGUGUGCCAGUCAGAUGGCACUGACUCUCCUUGGAGGACCCAACAGGUUGAAUCCUAAGAAUGUCCACCAGAGGCCUACAGUAGCCCUGCUAUGUGGGCCCCAUGUAAAGGGGGCUCAGGGUAUCAGUUGUGGGAGGCACCUAGCCAACCAUGAUGUGCAAGUCAUCCUCUUCCUGCCCAACUUUGUCAAGAUGCUGGAGUCUAUCACCAAUGAACUGUCUCUCUUCAGCAAGACCCAAGGUCAACAAGUGUCUAGCCUAAGAGAUCUCCCUACUAGCCCUGUGGACCUGGUUAUCAACUGCCUGGAUUGCCCUGAGAACGCCUUCCUUCGGGAUCAGCCGUGGUACAAGGCAGCUGUGGCUUGGGCCAACCAGAACCGGGCACCAGUGCUCAGCAUAGACCCUCCUGUGCAUGAAGUUGAGCAGGGCAUUGAUGCCAAAUGGUCCUUGGCACUGGGCCUGCCUCUGCCACUAGGGGAGCACGCAGGCCGAGUCUAUUUGUGUGACAUUGGCAUUCCCCAGCAGGUCUUCCAGGAGGUUGGCAUCAACUACCAUUCACCCUUUGGCUGCAAGUUUGUCAUUCCCCUGCACUCUGCCUAGAGGGGCUCUGGACAGCUGGACCCUGUAUUCCCCUGCACUACUCCUGCCGCCAAACCCGACAACGGACGCCUUAAGGAUGUGAAGCUUUGUGGACCUUGUAGAUUAUCUUUUGGAUUUGUUUCUUCUGUGAGAGGACAAAACGUUCUUAAAACUUGCCUGCCACCUUUCCUUAAUCAGGGAAGGCUUUCCCACUGGCAUGCGUGUCGGGGGGUAGACCAGUGGCUCCAGGCUUCUUUCUAUCCUACCAUGCCUCCAUUAAGGUGGGGCUUUGUUUACAGACAUAGGCAGCUCUAAGACUGUUUCAGGUUUACAGCCACUGGGCAUGGGCUGGCACCUUGUGGGGUGGGCCAGGGCCUAUUGGGGUCUCCACCCACGCUAUUUCAGAAGGCUUUGUCUUUCCCAUGCUUCCUCUGGCUCUGCAGCCAGCCUGCUCACCCUUACUCUAAUCAUGUAGAUCAGGCUGCAUGGCAGCUAUCCAGAAAGCAGAGCUGUGCUCUCCUUAUGUCCUGAGGUUGCUGUCUCUGCCUUCCCCCAGUGCAACUCAAGUUUGUUUAGAAGCUUUAGACCCUCCUGAGAUGUUCCAGUUUUAUGAUGGAACUUUUCCUGGGGAGUGCAUUGGGAUGAUGACUGUGGUGAGAUUCUGGGUUGGCUGUUUUGCUGUUAUCUUUAGCAGACGUUUUGUGCCUAUGAGGCUACAGUGCCCACCUAGUUGGGGGCCAGACAUUCAGGGUGCAGCUUUUCAGUACUGGGGAGAUCCUGGGGAAGUUUGGUGCUGAGCCAGAGGAGGCUCCUUGGUGCUUCUGUCCUAGGCCAUCACCUCCUUCUUGCCCAUAAAUAAUUUCCUUGUUUUCCCUUCUAUCUCUGGAAAUGGUCCUCUGCAGCUACCCUAGGAUAAGUUACAUGUCCCUCUCCCCUCAUGCCAUGGCCUCACCCCAGUUCUUAUGCCUGGGCUUUAACCCUUUAUAGUUGCCCUCCCCAGGUGUACAGACUUGGGACUAAUGACCUGUCUCAAAGAUGCCAAAAAUGAGCCCAGUUUUGGAUGACCUUGGUGGGGCUCAACCAUGGGGACAUCACAUUGCUCAGAUCCUAGGGCAUUAUCCUCAGGAUCAUUCUGGACUUGGGUCCUACAGGCUAGUAGAAUAGGACCAUGCCUGGAGCCUUAGCAAGGACCUGAUUUGUACUUUGAAGCUCUUCCCCCUGCAGGCUUCUUUCUGCUGUACCCAUCACUGGUUGAGGGGUAUAGGUGGACAAACAGAUGGGCUUGCUAAAAAGUUUGGGUAUUGGAUAAAAACCCUGGUACCAUAGAUUUCAGGCUAUCUUUUUUUUUCUUACAGGAACAUGGACCCAAACAGAUGAUAGCUUUUA